AUGGUGAUACAGUAUUUCCAGCGAUGCUUUGGUUAUGCACUAAAGCAGAAUAAGGAUGAUGAAGAAGGUGUGCGAAAUGGUCUGAAGUCUAUCAUGCCCCAUGCUUAUGGUGACCAUUCUUCCUGUGGCAACUGGUGUGGCUACUUGAAAAAUCCUGCAUCCUACAAACACAGAGGCCUUCCCCAUGGCAAGGAUCUGACAGACAAAAGCUUGAGGCAGUCGCUGGAAAAGAUCAUAGAAGUAAGUACAGUGUACAUGUAUGGUGGCACAGCUUGCUCCUCACAAAUUCCCAAUUCCCGCCAUUUUACAUGUAGUAGUGAAACACAACUCUAAGAAAAUAGUGUUAGUGCUUAUGAUUGUAUCCUAAAUAAUAACUUCAAGGGAUAAAGCUAUAAGUGUUAGGGGACUAUUAACCUCUUUCUUAGUUUCACAAGCUUUAUGAGAUACCACAUUUUAGUAAAUAAAAACCAUUUGCUUCUUCAAUUUAGGUUUAUGCUUCAAAUGCCAAGAAGCUAGCUCCCCUUGGGUCGAGCCAGGCAAAUGAAGCACUCAACAACACUGUAGGAAGCAAAGCUCCAAAGAUCAGGCACUAUGGAUCUAGCAAAAGCAACGACUUCCAUGUUGCAUGUGCUGUUGGCCAAAAGAACUUAGGCCAUUCUUAUGUUUCUCAGGUGAGCUGAUAUAAUAUCAUGAGCAUUUUGUACACUUCCCAAUUUGUGAGAUCCAUUGAACAUGACACAUUAUCCAAUGUGUCCAGUGUUAUACUACCAGUACCUAUUGCAUAUCAUUAGUCACCAAAAAAAAUUAAAAAACACUAUACUAUAACUUAGAAUAUUGUUUUUGCUAAGACAGGUGAAUUUCUUUUAGGCUUUUAUGAAGACACAACUGUCUCCAGGUUCCAAUUCUUUAAAAUUUGCAAAGAAAAUGGACAAGAGAAUUCUAAAUUUGAAAGAGAAACCAAAAACAAGAGAGUACAAGAAGAAAAGAAUUGAGAAGAAAGAGAAGUGGUUGAAAAAGACAAAACAGCUUGAGAACAGAGAAGGACAACAAUAUAGUUCUGGAAUGUGCUUCGAUGGACACAAUGCCGCUCAGGAAAUUCCAGCACCACCUGCAGCCUCAAAGAUGGAGAAAGUAUUAUUAAACAAAGACUAUCAUCAAAUCAUAUUUGAUUUGGAAACAUCUGGAAAGGGUAAUUAGCUUUGCAGGGUGGAGUUCAGCAAAAAAGUAACAAAGAGAAUAUAGCCAUGUUUGUCUUAGCAGGGUAUUUCUGAAUUGCACAUUAGAGAAUAAUUAUAUUUAAUAAUGGAAUUGUUUUCCUAUUUUGCUAGACUGCUGAAGACUCAUCCUGCUAAUUUGCAUCACAUAGAUUCCUUUGUUUUAUCAUGCCUUGUUCUUAAAGAAAAUAGGUGAGAUGCGAAUUAGCAGGACAGGUAUUCAGUAAUCGCUCCUUCUAUUUUUAUUUUAGAUAUAACCUGCAUAGAUGCACUAAGCUAUUUUAUUACAUUUUUCCUUGUAACAUCUUUGUAAAGUAAUAAUUGGAUUACAAUAUCUUACAAUUUGUUUAUCUUUGUUGACAUCAGGUAAUGAUGCUGAAAUCCUACAAAUUGCAGCAACAGAUGGUAAAGAUGAGUUCUCUAUUUAUGUCAAGCCUUGUCAUGUAAUAUCAUCAGAAGCAUCUGCUGUGAACAAACUCACCUUCCAAAGAGGAAUGCUGUUUUAUGAUGGGAAGCCAAUCACUGAUGUCGUUGCAAUUGAUGUGAAGGCCCUGAAGAAAUUCACUGAGUGGCUCAAAUCAAGAAUGCCUUGCAUUUUAGUUGCUCACAAUUGCAAAUCUUUUGAUGCCAGGUUCUUGGUGCAAGCAGCAGAGAAGAAUGGAGUUAUGGAUGACUUAGCUAAAACUGUUUCUGGCUUUACAGACUCUCUUCCAGCAUUCAGGGAAUUGCUUCCUGAAAGGAAAUCCCAUAGCCUGGAAAACCUUGUACAAGAUCUUCUGUGUAAAUCCUAUGAAGCUCACAGUGCUCUUGCAGAUGUGCAUACACUCUACCAGCUGGUGAACAAGUUUCUAAAUGUCAAACUGCUACAAAAGCACAGCUUCAAAGUUUCAUGGGUGGCAUCCUAUCAGAAGCUACUAAAAGAAAAGAAUCUUCUGGUUAAUACCCUACAGCCAUUAAUUAGAGAGAAGUACAUUUCCGCCUCAAUGGCCAUUAAGUGUGCAAGCUCGGGUUUGGGUCUCCAUCACCUACAAGUGGUGUACCAAAGAGGCAAGGAAGAAGGGUGAAGCAAGUUCUGAUGGCGAGGUUUGACAACAAACCCAGAGUCUCCUCAAACAAGCAGGUGCUGGCGCAAAUAUGUCAGUACUUUAUAGAUAAUGCAAAUUAAGAUUGCAAUUUGUGCAAUUAAUGUUUUGUAAAACUAAUAUUUACUCUUUUGGUUUGGUUGCAAACAAGAAUGCAAACAGUAAUUCUGAAAGGGUCUUUAUUAAUAUUAUAUUCAAUUCGAUUCUGUGGAACCAACGACCAAGAGGAUCAACUUAAUCUAGUGACAUGUUGAAGCAUGAAAGUUGUACAAAAUGUAAAAAGUUUGAAAAUUAUUUUUGCAUGGAAAAUGUACUAGUCACAAUGAGGACCAGUGAGAC